AUGAAGAAGGCAGCAAGAACUAAUUGUGGUAUAUCUUGCAAUAAUUAUGAACCAGAUGAAGAAGAUAUUCUUUUGUGGCAUAUGAAUAAAACAAUUAUUGAGCCAGCAGUUAAUUUAUCUACAAAUCUAAAUUAUGACAAACCUGAAAUAAAACCAAUUAAUAAUAUUUCAAAAUCAAAAUCUGCAACAAUGAAACAGAAAAAUGGUGUAUUAGAUUUAAAAGAUACUACAAAUACUGAAAAAUUCCCUAAAGAAACUUGCCUACCAAAUUUAGAUUUAAUGUCUGAAUAUAAUACAAGUGAUUCAAUGAGUGAAAGUUUACAAAAAUUGCAAAGAUACAAUACACUGACUUCACUUAGUAAUACAAAUUCAGUUUUUGAUCGUCUAAUGGAUCCAAAAUUAUUUACUGGGAUACAUAAGUAUCGUUUUGAUAAAGAUGGUCAUGGAUUAGGUAAAGCUGGAAGAGAAUAUAUAUAUAGGAAUGAUGGUUAUACAGAGAGUGAAGAAAGAAAACACGAAAUUAAGUCAACACCAUUAAUAAAAAGAUCAUUGACUAACUUUGGCUCUACAAAAGUGAUUCCAAGAGCUAAAGUUAUAUGGCUAUAUCGUAAUGGAGAUAAAUAUGACCAAGGUACUAUAUAUUAUGUAAGACCAUAUAUUAAAACAAUGAAUCAAUUGCUGAAUGAAAUAAGUCGUAGUAUAAGAUUAAUAGGAGGACCAGUUAGAAUGCUAUUUGAUCAAAGCUUACAUUCUAUACAUAAUGUAAGUGAUAUUAUUGAUGGAGCUAAAUAUUUGUGCACUUCAGGCGAACAACCAGCUCCAAUUGAAAAACUUGAAAGGUUCCUUAGUUAUUGGAUCAUUAAAUCGUAA